AUGUGGGUGAAGGAAGCGUUUGUUACGGUAACCCCGCUAUCCGCUCCAGCAACGAAAAUCAUCAUUUCAAAUGUUCCGCCGUUUAUAUCCAACGAGACCAUCACGAAAGAACUGCAGAGGUUUGGAAAGAUUGCAAGCCAUGAGCGUACUUUAGAAGUCUCUUUCCGUGUUAAUCACGGGGAGAAUUCAUACAUGGUUUACGCCAGCUCUGAGAGCCUGAAGUGUUAUGAAUGUGGAGACUUGGGCCAUAAACGCUUCGCAUGUCCACAUAAAGAUGACCAACGUGCGUCUACAUCUCGUGGUGAUGUAAAUAAUACCGAUCAGCAAACGCGUGAAAGUGAAGAACAGAGAACUGAGGAGCAGGAUGAAGGGUCUACAGAGAAGGGCAAGAUGCAGGAGGUGAGUGAGAUUAAUUUACAUGCUAUGAGUGUGGAGCAAGCUGGAUGUAGUUCUGUCUCUGAUAAACAUGGAGAUGUGACAGAUGAUAGUGAUAAGAGUGAGGCCCAGAGUGAUGUGGAAUAUGUGUGUGAAGUUGAUGAUGUGGCACAGGCUGAAAGCUUAGAGGAAAAUAUGGUUGAUGAGAUGGAUAGUUUAUCCCAGUGUACGGAUGAUGGGUUAGGAGAUGAUGAACAGCGCACAGAGGGCUCAAGAGGAGCUGAUAAAGAUUUCUGUAUUUUUUCCCCAUUUUUCUCCCUCUGUUUUCCCAUUCUCCCCCCCUCCCCCAAUCUUGUUCAUUCCCUCUUUCAAUUAAUCUGUUAUUCAUCUAUUAAAUUAACAGACAGUGUGAAUGUGAGGUUGGUUGGUGGUCACAGUCGCUGUGCUGGUAGAGUGGAGGUUCUUCAUAGAGGUCAGUGGGGAACAGUGUGUGAUGAUAGCUGGGAUUUGGUUGAUGCUGCAGUGGUGUGUAGAGAGCUGGACUGUGGAGAACCUGUAGAUGCUCUGGGUGAUGCUCAUUUUGGAUCAGGAACAGGACCGAUCUGGAUGAGUACUGUCAUGUGUACUGGAUCAGAGUCUACGCUGAAAAACUGUGGCUCAUCAGGAUGGGGUAAAUCUCGUUGUCUUCAUUCUAAAGUUUCUGGAGUCAUCUGCUCAGAAGUCAGGCUGGUUGGAGGAACUCGCUGCUCUGGGAGGUUAGAGAUACUUCAUGAUCAGACGUGGAUGUCAGUGUGUGCCGCUGCCUUUGACCAGCAGGAUGCAGAGGUUGUGUGUAGAGAGCUGGACUGUGGGGCUCCUGUACAGGUGCUGGGAGCUGCUGCUUGUGAUAAAGGAUAUGCUCAGAUGUGGACACAAGAGAUUCAGUGCAGAGGAAAUGAAUCUCAGAUUCACUCCUGCCCAACAUCACCCUCACAUGAAAACAACUGUUCUCAUGAAUACAUCGCUGGACUAGUGUGUGCAGACCGUGUAAAUGUGAAACUGGUAAAUGGUAGCAGUCGCUGUGCUGGUAGAGUGGAGGUUCUUCAUAGAGGUCAGUGGGGAACAGUGUGUGGUGCUGGUUGGGAUUUGGCUGAUGCUGCAGUGGUGUGUAGAGAGCUGGACUGUGGAGAACCUGUAGAUGUUCUGAGUGAUGCUCAUUUUGGACCAGAAUCAGGACCAAUAUGGAUGAAUUUUGCCAUGUGUACUGGAUUAGAAUCCACACUGAAGAACUGUGGUUCAUUAGGACAAGGUGGACAAGGCUGUGGUCCUAAUGGAGAUGCUGGAGUCAUCUGCUCAGGAGUCAGGCUGGUUGGAGGUUCUCGCUGCUCUGGGAGGUUAGAGAUACUUUAUCAUCAAACGUGGAUGUCAGUGUGUGCCGCUGCCUUUGACCAGCAGGAUGCAGAGGUUGUGUGUAGAGAGCUGGACUGUGGGGCUCCUGUAAAGGUGCUGGGAGCUGCUGCUUUUGGCAAAGGAGACGCUCAGAUGUGGACACAAGAGAUUCAGUGCAGAGGAAAUGAAUCUCAGAUUCACCUCUGUCCAACAUCACCAUCACAUGAAAACAACUGUUCACAUGACUAUGGUGUUGGACUAAUGUGUGCAGACCGUGUGAAUGUGAGACUGGUAAAUGGUAGCAGUAGCUGUGCUGGUAGAGUGGAGGUUCUUCAUAGAGGUCAGUGGGGAACAGUGUGUGAUGAUUUCUGGGAUAUGCCUGAUGCUGCAGUGGUGUGUAGAGAGCUGGACUGUGGAGAACCUGUAGAUGCUUUGGGUGCUGCUCAUUUUGGAUCAAGACCAAUCUGGAUGAGUACUCUCAUGUGUACUGGAUCAGAGUCCACACUGAAGAACUGUGGUUCAUUAGGACAAGGUGGGCAAGGCUGUGGUCCUAAUGGAGAUGCUGGAGUCAUCUGCUCAGGAGUCAGGCUGGUUGGAGAUUCUCGCUGCUCUGGGAGGUUAGAGAUACUUCAUAAUCAGACGUGGAUGUCGGUAUGUGACGCUGCCUUUGACCAGCAGGAUGCAGAGGUUGUAUGUAGAGAGCUGGACUGUGGGGCUCCUGUACAGGUGCUGGGAGCUGCUGCUUUUGGCAAAGGAGAUACUCAGAUGUGGACACAAGAGAUUCAGUGCAGAGGAAAUGAAUCUCAGAUUCACCUCUGUCCAACAUCACCAUCACAUGAAAACAACUGUUCUCAUGACAGUGAUGUUGGGUUGGUGUGUGCAGACCUAGUAAAUGUGAGGUUGGUUGGUGGUAACAGUCGCUGUGCUGGUAGAGUGGAGGUGUUUCAUAGAGGUCAGUGGGGAACAGUGUGUGAUGAUUUCUGGGAUAUGGCUGAUGCUGCAGUGGUGUGUAGAGAGCUGGACUGUGGAGAACCUGUAGAGGCUCUGGGUGGUGCUCACUUUGGACCAGGAUCAGGACCAAUCUGGAUGAGUUUUGUCAUGUGUACUGGAUCUGAGUCCACACUGAAGAACUGUGCAUCAGAAGGAUGGGGUAAAAGCAGAUGUGAUCAUAAUAAAGAUGUUGGAGUCAUUUGUUCAGAUCAUAAACAUUCCAGACUUAUUAACGGAUCUCACCUUUGCUCUGGGAGAAUAGAGGUGGUUCAUGGGAACACAUGGCACACAGUGUGUGAUGCUACCUUUGACCAGCAGGAUGCAGAGGUUGUGUGUAGAGAGCUGGACUGUGGGGCUCCUGUACAGGUGCUGGGAGCAGCUGCUUUUGGCAAAGGAGACGCUCAGAUGUGGACACAAGAGAUUCAGUGCAGAGGAAAUGAAUCUCAGAUAUAUUUUUGCCCACAUACAUCUUCAAGCAAAAACAACUGUUCCCAUGAGAAUGAUCUUGGAGUUAUAUGUUCUGGUUACACAGAUCUCAGGCUGGUAAACAGUUCAGACUCCUGUUCUGGAAGAGUGGAGCUUCAAUAUAGCAGUAAAUGGGGCACAGUGUGUGAUGCAUGCUGGGAUAUGAGAGCUGCCAGUGUCCUCUGUAGACAGCUGAAUUGUGGGAUUGCUGUGUCUGUUGUGGGAUCAGACUGGUUUGGAGAGGGAAGUGGAGAAAUCUGGGCUGAUGUGUUUGAUUGUGACGGGAAUGAAACAAAACUCUCAGAAUGUUCCAUCUCUUCAUGGAGUCGAGCUGAAUGUUCUCAUAGACGAGAUGUUGGAGUCAUCUGCUCUAGUGAUGAAGCUCAUCUGGGGAACUGCAGCUCUCCACAAACUCUCAACUGCAGCUCCACACAACAGCUGUCAAUCACCUGCCUUGUUCGCGGGUCCAUCAGACUGGUGGGUUCUGGGGGAGACUGUGCAGGGAGGCUGGAGGUUUUUCACAGCGGCUCAUGGGGGACAGUGUGUGACGACUCCUGGGAUAUUAAAGAUGCUCAUGUGGUGUGCAGACAGCUGCAGUGUGGAGUGGCCCUCAGUAACCAGCAGGUACCAGCCUGGUUUGGUCCUGGUUCUGGACCCAUAUGGCUGGAUGAGGUGGAGUGUGAGGGGAAUGAGACGUCCCUGUGGAGCUGCUCUUCUCCAGGCUGGGGAAAACAUGACUGUCAACACAAGGAGGAUGUAGGAGUCGUGUGCUCAGAAUUUAAAGAGUUCAGGUUAACUGAGGGCUGUGAAGGGAAUGUGGAGGUUUUCUACAAUGGAUCCUGGGGAAAUUUAUGUUACAACCAGAUGGACAGAGACACAGCGAGUCUGAUCUGUCAAGAGCUGAACUGUGGAAGAUCGAGCAGUGAACCCAGUUAUUCAGAGGGACUGAAGCCUCAUAAUUGGCUUGAUUAUUUUAAAUGUCGACGGCAUGAUUCCACUUUAUGGCAGUGUCCAUCUUCACCCUGGGGACAGAAUAACUGUAAUAAUAAGGAUGAAGUGGCCAAAAUCACCUGCUCAAAGGAGGAGAAUCAGGAGUCUCCUCGGAGUCGUCUGACAUGUUUUAUCUCACCAUCUUCUCUCCAGAAACAGUGUUCAGAUCAUGUUCCUCUCAGACUGAGUGGAGGGGAGGGCCGGUGCUCUGGGAGGCUGGAGGUGUAUCAUAACGCUGUGUGGGGCUCAGUCUGUGAUGAUCAGUGGGACAUCAGCGAUGCUCAGGUGGUCUGCAGGCAGCUGGGUUGUGGAGCAGCACUGAGGGCUGAUGGGAAUUCAGUCUUUGGUGCUGGUGAAGGUGUUGUGUGGAUGAACAGAGUCGAGUGCAGAGGGAAUGAGAUUCACCUGUGGGACUGUCCUCUCUCCCUGAAUAACCACACUGACUGCUCACGCAAGAAGCUUGUUACACUCAACUGUGAAGAUUUAUCAGAUUUGUCAGUGUCCACUACUCCUGCCACAACAUCAUCAGCUACUUCUCCAGUUUCUCCUGCAGUGCGCUCAACAUCAGUAUCUCCUCCACAAACUCCUCCAGCAGCGUCUCUCUCCGUCCCCCCAGUGCUUGUGAUUGUACUGGGAGUUGUGCUCUUACUGCUCUUAGUGCCACUGCUUAUACUGAUUCAGCAGAACAGAGUGAUGAGGAGAGCUCUCUCUAAGAGGAGACACAGGACGAUGACUGAGGCCGUUUAUGAGGAGAUUCAGCACAGACACAAUCACUUCACUCAGAGGGGGAGUCUCAUCUCUGAAGAACUGCAUUCUGGGUAUGAAGAUGCUGAUGAGCUUCUCUCAGCAAAAGAGUUCAAGACUGCAUAUUAUGAUGAUGUCACCAACAGCAGUGGUCUAAAAGAAGAGACGAUGAAGGAAAUCACACCGGGAUACUAUGAUGAUGUCAUCACUGAUGGACUGAAAGCAGAUCGUGAGACAGAAGACACACCUGAGAGCUAUGAUGAUGUCAUGACGAGCGGACAGAACUCUGAGAUCAAAAAAGUGGACGCACCUGAGAAUUAUGAUGAUGUCAUCAUUAAUAGACCGAGCUCUCGAGAGGGAGUUCAGGAGGAGUAUGAUGAUGUGAUGAGUGUCAGUGAAGAUGUGAGAAACCUGUUGGAUUAUGAUGAUGUGGAGGAGGAGUCAAACAAAGAAGUGGCCAUUUGA